CACAAAGCUACUUCACUGUGACAACAACAUGAAGGCCGAGCCGUCGAGCCCAAUUCGACCUAGCUCCAUGGACACGUCGUCCGUGGCGGCGUUGCAGUACUCACCGCCGAGAGGUUCGAGCGUCAAUGUGACCAAACCGCUGGGGUACCACAACGAUGAGAAUCCAGCGUUGGCGAAGCGUAAGCGAGUGCACCACAUGGCCUCCAUCGAUGCAAUGCCCCGCAUCACUCCCAAAACGACCGCCCACAAUCAUGUCGAAGGCCGUUCCAUCGCCGUUCGGAUCCUCGUCCAGCCCCCUCGGGUCUGGUACCGCGACCAGAAAGGCCGACGGACGGUGUUCUGCAUCAAGGUCGGAGUCGUGGACCAAGACGAUAAGUUGUUGUCCGCUGAUCACACGCCUGGUGGGUACUUCACUGCGACGCUGCUGUACGAGAACGGAAACGCAGUCGCCGACAAACGCAUCGUGGAGCUGCGGAAAGGAGCGUUCUUCGACUCGCACGCGUCCACGGCGUCGAUGGAGAUUCGCAUUGCCGACAUUUCGAAAAACCACCAAAACCAGAAAUUCCGCGUGCGGGUCGACUUUUUGUGGCCCCAUGUGACUGUGGCCGCGGCCGUGUCGGACCCCAUCCACGUUUUGUCCAAGCAUGUGAAGAAGAGUCUGCCGGUGGAAAUGCAUCUGAUCAAGUCAGACCAUAGCCAUUCCUCGAGCGACGACGGGACACCAAUCUUCCGAACGCCGCCGAUAAACAGUCCGACGACGUCCCCCGUCGUGGAAGGCCCUCGUCGUCCGCCGACUCCGCCGCCGACCAAGAUGGAAGAAGGCGACAACAUCUCGAUCGGCCACGGCAUGUCCAUGACGAGAUGGUGCUCGGCCGCACACCGCGUGCUCACACAAGUCGAGUGGUCACCAUUUCAAGACGCCAGAUCUGCGAUACAGUUCAAGUGUCAGUGGUGCUUUGCCGUGCAGCCCACCCUCGCCACCGCCCAACAUGCCGCGGGGUGUCUUCUCAAGUCUUUGCUGACCAUGAUUGUAACAGACUCCACCGACGAUCGAAGCGAAGCACCCCCCCCUCUACCAUCAUCUCCAGCACCCCUAGCUACCAAGUUUGAGAUGGCCGAGCGGUUGCGCACUGCAACCAACAUCUACCGCCCAGUACCCCACUACGCCACCACGACCACCUUGAAACGACCCAAUGCUGUUCCCGUCGUCGACGACGACGACGACGAACACGGAAAGGACCUGACGCUUUUAUCGAUUGGAGACCUCUCAGCAUUUGCAAAGUCGUCGACGUUUGACGAUGCACUUAUGCUCAAGAGCUUGAGCCAAGUGUCUGUGGCUGACGACUGGCGCUGCGCCAACUCGCCUUCUUCUUCAUCCUCUCCCCCUCGGCAGUUCCUCAUGGAUGACGACUCGUCGCUGCUGUCGAGGUUCACAGACUCGACCAUCUGUGCCAGUAACACGGAGGCGGCGGUCGUGGCCAUCGGGGUGUUCCCGUUGGAAGGAUGUGACACUGGGAUGCCAGCGUUCGACGGCGACUGGACGUUGCUGGGGGUGUACCACACGGUGCCACCUCGUCUGAUGGUAAGUAUUGGCCACCCCACAUGUAUCUUUUGAUCAUCUGUGGGCAGUACUACAGUAACUAGUUAGUAGUAUACUAGUAGCUGAUGAGGUGGUGACUUGUGUUUGCCUGGAGCAUAUGAAUGAAGUAUCUAUAUUUGUACUAUAUAUAGCCUCCUCGAAGUGCAAACAUCGUGGACAGGUCGUCUUCCCUUCGGUUUGUGGCCAUUUCAAUUGACGACGUCCAGCGGGUAUGGGAUGCCAAUGCCCAAGUAGCAGCAGACGUGGCGCAGAUCAAGAAAGGCCGGAUGCCCCGGGGGGGCAGUAGUUGCAAGUACCUGUCGUUGGGGGAUGCCGAAUGCGAGACCUUGGACAAGUUGAAGGCGUGCGUAGUGCGUCGGGCGGGCGGGCGCGACCUCAGUUAAGGGAUAUCCUCGUGUGACGACGUGAAUCAACAACGAUUUUGUAUUGGGAAAG